CCAUUUGAUGUCACACAUAUUUAAAGUUUUCCAGUUUUAGGGUGUUAUUAAUAGUUUGUCAUGAAGAUAAUUAGGCUUCUCUGUGUGCUAUUUACUGUCCUGGUUAUAUUUUUUGGACUACUAGUUUCAGCUGGACAAUCAACAAUUAAAGAAGUGGAGAGGUUCAAGAAUGCUGUUUUUCUUCCACAUGCAGCAUCUUCUAACAAAGGCCCACAUCCAAAUGGGACUAAAAUGACGCCUGUGUCUAAACCUUCAAAAGGAGUGAAUUCGAGACAGUUUACUCCACAAACAUUUUUGGAGUCGAUUCCAAAAGCGGUAGAAAUUGCGGGGGUGGGCUUGCUAUUCAUCCGGACGGUCUCGAUCGGGACGUCGCUCCCCAUUUUGUACCCCAUCUUCGUCCCACCGCUCUUUAUCCUCUUCCUCGUCGUCCUCUUCCUCCCAGGAUUCAUCAACUUUUAAAACUUCCCCUUCCCCAGAAUACUUACACUAAAUUCGAAUAAUUGACUGGCUAUCCAAUAAGUCUGUAACGUUUACAAUUUCAAAAGCAUCCUGUAUUAUUUGUUUGCAAUUUUAGUUGUCGUCAAUUUGCAUGGCACAAGCAUCUCAAAAUGAAACCCUUUUCACUCUUGUCUCACGCGACCCAGUUGUGACGUGAGCUUAAAAUUGAAGUCUGGGAAGACGUGUUAUUUGCCCAAAAAUAAUAUGACGUGAGAAAGAUAGAACUUGUGGAAUGUUAUUUUCACCGGAUGGUGAACUUUGUUGAAUUCAACGAAAUUUGUACCUCGAGUUUAAAAUUCCUACUGUGAUCUUUUAUCAAAUCAAGUUUAUUGGUCAAAUAAAUAAAUAAUUUCGAUCUAGUAAAUUAAAACAUAUGAAAAAGUACAUGGCACGAUAAAUUUAGUGACUGAAUGCUUGGAGUUCUCUGUUCUCACAAGACAAGUGCAUAUCAUUUUUUGUUUAAAAUAUUCUUCUGUACUAAAUCCUGAUUGGCGAAAAGAAUUAUUCAGGGACGACUUUAAAUUUCGGCAAGUCGAACUUGGAAAAUCCUCGGAUGUUGUCUCCUUUGUGUUGUCUCCGUCCACAUUGGAAUUGGAUACAUCCGUAUCCGUCCGACUCGUAAUGUUCACUGCGUUAAAUAGUGACGAUUCGGUUCAAGGAGAGGACACCACCCCCAACUAUCUUUUCGAGAGGAAUAAUGAAAAUAAUAGGGGUGGUCCACGUCGUGCCAACGGAUAUUCGGUUUCCGAAAAUUUAAAGAUGGAGCCUGAAUUUUUCUUCAGAACAAAGAACCCAGGCUAUUGGACCCUGAUCCUCCUUCCACUCGCAAUCUAUUUUGCAGAUCAAAAGUUUUUAGAACAGUCCCUUCCAGCAGUGACAAUCAUCGGGUACAACUCUCUGGUCUUGAUCUUCUCUCACAAUCUGGGACAACAGCGUAUGAGAGAAUUUCUGGAAUAUCUGAAAGGUUUAAAUUUGAUCAUGGCUCUUCUCAGCAUUGGAUACGGAAGUUUUUUACACUGGCAUACAAACAAAAAUAAUGUUUACGAAUAUGCGUUGUGGGCGGGGCUAAAUUUCUCGUUUCCUUAUGUCUUUAUAAACGUGGUGCUGUAUUAUCCCUUCAGCUUCAGUUUUGGAGAAGGAGUUAUUGUAACUUCCGUAUUUGUGUACAACUAUUGGGCAUCAUUUCAUAAUAUUAUUCAAAAUAAGUUUGCCGAAAUAAACAAGAAAGCGGUUUCCGAUCCAAUGAUGAUAUCGAUUGUUCAGGAGCUGGGAUUCCUCGUGACAAUCCUCGUAGCUCGAGGGAUUCUAUUUUAUAUGAAACCUCACAAGGUUUUUGCUCUACAAGAAUGCUUCACGUUGUGUACGAAGGCAGCAUUUGUAAACUUUUUAGGAAAACUGCAAAAUACAUAUGAAGACUUGGUAUUUAUUUUGAACUGGUUGGUGAGCUACUUGAUACUGGAUACCCGUCACCUUGCAUCUAUAGCACUUUGGGUCACAUUUUUAGCAGUAACAAUGGGUUUCGUCCUCAGCACUAUGGGCCAAGAAACGACUACAGUGCAUAGGAAAUUCUUUCAUAUUUUGAUGUGCUUCGUAUAUUUUCCAGCUGUACUCAAUGAUCUCAAUUUUAUAUUUCUAUGUAGUACAGUUGUAAUGUACGCUUUUGUAAUAGCUGAGGCUAUUCGAGUAUUAAAGUUUGAAUUUCUCGGAUAUCGAGUAGGAGCUUUUAUCAACAGUGGCGUCUCUAACUUUCGAGAUGCUAGGGAUAGUGGCCCACUUCUCCUGACCCCAAUAUAUCUUCUGGCUGGUUGUUCUGCCCCAAUUUGGUUAACUGGAAUAUAUUUGGGAAAUUCCUCAAGUAACAAUGAUAACAGAACUCCAGAAGAAUUGGCCGCUGCCAUAACAGGGAUUUUAAGUGUAGGAGUUGGUGAUACCGUUGCCAGCGUAGUGGGAUCAAUAUAUGGUAAACUUCAUUGGCCAGGAUCUCGUAAAACAGUUGAAGGAACGCUCAGUUCUAUUGCUGCUCAAAUUGUAACAGUUGGAUAUCUUUGCUGGAGUGGAUACCUUCCGUAUACCACUGUAUCUCUGGUUGCCUUGUGCAUCAGUUCAAUUGUGAAUGCAGUUGUUGAGGCUUUAACUUCCCAAAUUGAUAAUUUAAUUGUGCCAUUGGUUGCUUUUAAUACUGUUCAUCUUGUCAUAUAUUUGUCAGACUACAUUUCAUAAUGUAAUAUCCUCUAUUAAUUGCCAUGCAAUGUUACCAAUGAUAUUUGGGGUCCACCAUUACCAUAAAGUACAAAUCGUAUUGUUAAAUAUAGAGGAAUAUAUAUAUAAGUAUACAGAAGAAUAUAUAUAUACAUAAGUGUACGUAUCUCUGCACAUAUAUGAGCUCAAUAUAUCAAUAAACUUUCCAAUGUAAGUAAAAAAAAC